AUGAUGUAUCAAUUAUUACUAGAUGCUCAAAAUAAUUGCACAUAUUAUCCGACUUGCAUGAACUUCACAGUAGACCAAUACGUGAAGGAAACAAUUGUUAAAUUGAUUGAUACUAGAACUGAUUGCUCAGCAGAUCUUAUAGAGAAUAUGACAAGAAUUCCGUAUUGUCCUAAAGAUUGGCUUUGGUUCCGUAGAGCAAACGGGUUGAAAUGGUGUUUUACAAUUCAUAAUGAAACUAUGAACUAUACAGAAGGUCGAAAUUAUUGUGAAAAUCAGAACGCGGUGUUGAACGGAUUUGAAUCGCAAGAAGAGGCGGAUAAUUUUCGAAAUCGUGUUUCAAAUUUCAUCACUGAAAAUACAACUGACAGUUUUGUCUUGUUAGGAGCUGAGAGAGAUGACAGGAAUUUGUGUCUUGGUUCUGGGAUGGGUGAUGCAGGUUCGAGAGCUACUUGUAAAUAUCAAUCGGUGAGAAGUUUCUGUAUCAUACAAAACAACCCCAAAACUUUUAGUUCACUUGGUUUCCCGAUGUUUCUCGCAACUCAACAAUCUUCGAAUCCUUGAUGCCUGCUGACUUCGAUGGUUCCGGCCCAUGUUUCCAAUAUAGGAUUUAUUCCAAUCAAUUUGAUGAUUUUGAUUGUGAAAACGUGCAAUUUCCAUCUUGUGGAAGAUACGCUCCAUUUUAA